AUGAGUUUAUCAUAUGGAGUUCAUAUGAGCUAUGCUAAAGCUUGGAGGUGUCGAGAGCAUGCAUUGGCUUACAUAAGAGGUACACCAGAAUCAUCAUUUCAGAAACUUCCCUCAUUUCUAUACAUGAUGGAGCAAAAAAAUCCUGGAACUGUUACUCAUUUGCAGAUGGACAAUGAAGAUGGAACCUUCUUGACUACUCGGUGUGGAGGUACUUUGUUAUGUGCCAUGGGACAAGAUGCUAACAAGCAAAUAUAUCCAAUUGCAUUUUCAGUAGUUGACUCAGAGAAUAAUGACUCAUGGUUGUAUUUUCUACUGAGGUUGAAGGAAGCGAUUGGUGAAGUGGAGAAUCUAGUAUUCGUGUCUGAUAGACAUACUAGUAUAGCAAGUGCCUUGACUAAAAAUUUUCCUGAGGCACACCACGGUGCUUGUAUACAUCAUGUUAGCAUGAAUAUCCGUGCGAAGUUCAAAACUGACCAUUGCCAUGAAGAAUUCUUCCUUGCAGCGAAAGCUUAUAGAAAGCGAGAGUUUUUACGCCAUUUUGAGAAGAUUAAAUUCAAAGAUCUUGUAAUUGCUCAAUACUUAGAGAAUCAAGUGGGUUUUGAAAAGUGGGCUCGUUCUUUCUUUCCUGGUCAUCGAUAUAAUUUAAUGACUACAGGUAUUGCCGAAAGCUGGAACAAUGUCAUUGCUGAGGCACCAUCAGCGGCUACAAGUCCUCUUGCCACAGAAGUGGAAGCUGAUUUGCGAAAGUUAGCAGACAAGUCCACUACCUCGCUCUCUUUUCCGUCUAGUCAGUAUGAAAUAACAGUAUUGGAUGGUGAUUUUGAUGGAGAUGUCGACCUGAGGAGGAAAACAUGUAGUUGUAGAAGAUUUGAUUUGACAGGUCUUCCUUGUGAACACGCUCUAGCUGGUGCUCGAGAUCGUGGCAUUAGUCCAUAUAGUUUAUGCUCCAGAUUCUACACAGUUGAAGUGUGGUUGUCAUCCUAUGGUGGAUCUGUAUAUACGCUGGGUAAUGAAGAAUCUUGGGUGAUACCAAAUGACAUAGGAACUAUGAUGAUAGCUCAUCCUUUAGUGAAGCAGAAGGCUGGUCGUCCAAAGAAGAAACGACGUUUAUCAAAGGGUGAGAAGAAUAGCAAACAACAUAGAUGUAGUAGAUGUGGUGUUCUGGGCCACAAUCGAGUGACGUGCACCACUGUUUGUCCCCCGCCGUCUAGACAUGCUUAG